UGCAUGAUUAAUGAUCUCACGCCCUCUGGUAGCUCGAUCCCGCAUUGUAUGCUGGGACGACAAGAUGGCGAUAUGCUUUGUGCAACACGAGUUAAUAAAGUGUGUUAAUGGAAACUCUAAUACUAAAGGCUAUCCUGAGUAUUGUAUUACGUCUUUAACUCUAGAAGUUACAACAUAAAACAUGGUAUCCAGAAGUGCCGGAUUUGGAUUUCAUUGUGCUCCAUUUCAGUGAUAAACUCGGACUUUGUGUAUGCCUAGCGUUCGGAAACUUGUGACAGUACGUUAUAGCGUUGAUCGUCAAGCGUCCCCGCGAUUGAGUCAUUGAUGUGCUGUGGAUCGCGGUAAAGUCAUAUUACACAGUGUAGUGGGAAUCUUAGCCCUUGUAGUGAGUGUAAUAUAGUAUAAGCUUGGAGUAUAUUUGUAAAAUAGUUGAUAAGCUUAAACACAAGUCUAAAUCUAGUAUUUUUUUAAGGUCAUUAUUAGUCAUAACUAGUUUAGAUAAAUAAUAGAGAAAUCAACAUGCUUGUUGGUGAUGAAAAUGAGCAACCUCCACCAGAUGCAGAUGGUAAUGUACCUCCUCAAGGUCAUGGUAUCAAGAAUAUUAGGGUUCCUCUCCCUCCCAAUAUCACUUUAAAAGGGAAUAUGAAAACCAAUUGGCAAAUUUUUAAACAGCUGUGGACGUCGUACGAGCUACUGACUGGUCUAAAAAAUCAGGCGAUGGAAUACCGUGUCGCUGCAUUUGUCACAUGCAUCGGUCAGAAAGCUCUGGAAAUCCACACUGGUCUACCUUUUAAAACUGAGGAAGAUAAAGGAAAUCUCGAUACCAUAUUAAAAUUAUGGGAAGAGUACUGCUGUGGGCAAACCAAUGUCAUAUAUGAGAGGUUUUGCUUUAACAAGUGUGAUCAAAAUACAUCUGAAACUUUUGAUCAAUAUUUGGUUAAGUUGCGUAAAUUAGCUUCAUCAUGUGAAUACGGCAACAUGGCCAGUGACAUGAUUAGAGACAGAACCGUUUGUGGGAUACGGGAUGAUGACAUAAGAAAAGAAUUGUUAAAUGAGAGCACGCUUACGCUCGAAAGUUGUAUCAAAAUGGUAAAGAGCUUUGAGGCUACGGCCAAACAGGCAAAAACUAUGUCACACUCAGGUUCCACAAAUUCUGUCAAUCAUGAUGUCAGUUAUAUUAGUAAGCGUAAACAGGGUACUACUAAAAAAUUCCAAGGGAAUAGAAAACCUUGUAAGUUUUGUGGACAAACUCAUGUUUGGGGUAGAGAUAAUUGUCCAGCCUAUGAUAAAAGAUGUUCAUCAUGUGGAAACAAAGGUCACUUUGAAAUCAAAUGUGGUGAUUUUCAAAAUCUAAGUAAAAGUCAAAAAAGUCAAUCCUCAUACAGGAAAAAGUCCAGGAAACCUAUAAAAUCUAGUGCCAAAAAUAUAAGAGCAUUGGGAUCUGAUACGUCUGAUUCACAGUCAGACACAAGUGAGUUUUCUGAAUAUGAGGAACAAUGUUCAUUAAUUGAUGUAUAUGAACCAGAUAAUGAAAAUGUACAUAAUGUCCAACCUAAAGGUACAAAGUCAGGUACUAUAGUAGCCAAGAUGUAUUUGCACAAGACAAGAGAGCCAGUGAUCAUGCAAGUGGAUUCUGGGGCAUCUUGCAAUGUGUUGCCAGCGCAAUACUUACCUGCAAAUGUGGUGCUGACAAAGACCAGUAAGAAGUUACGUAUGUACAGCAAUGAUAUGGUCCCUGUCUUGGGUACAUGUAAAUUAAGAUUAAAAAAUCCAAGAAAUGGUAAAAGGUACUUAGUUCCUUUUUAUGUCAUAAGUAAUCUAAAGGGCUCACUACAUAAACUCCCACUCCUUGGUUCAACUACAGCACAACAAAUGCAACUCAUCUCAGUCAAUCAUGAAAACAUUGCAAUAGUCAAUGAGUUGCAAGAUGAAAUGUCAAAUGUCAAAACUAAAGAAAAUUUAUGUCAGGAAUAUCGGGACGUCUUCAGUGGUCGCGGCUGUAUGCCUGGUAAUGUCACCCUCUAUGUGGAUGAAACUAGUGAUAAUGGACCACCAUUUAAUUCUUCUGCAUUUGCCAACUUUGCUACAGAAUAUCAGUUUACCACAGUAACUAGUUCACCUGAGUACCCACAAUCAAAUGGGAAGGUUGAGUCAGCGGUUAAAAUAGCCAAGAAUCUUGUUCGGAAAACCAACAAAGAUCACAAAGACGUUAACAGAGCGUUACUCGCAUGGAGAAACACUCCUACUGCUGGACUAGAUAGCUCUCCAGCACAGCGUAUGUUUGGACGUCGAACAAGAACAUCUCUUCCAAUUAUGAGCUCCCAUCUCAAACCAAACAUUCCUGAGAACGUCACAGAGAACAAACAAAAGAAGCAACGAAAGCAGAAAGAAUCAUUUGAUCGCGGUGCAAAAGAACUACCAUUUCUUCAGUCAGGUGACAUUGUCAGAAUGAAACCGAAACCACACUGCAAAGAGUGGAAGAAAGCACGCGUCAAAGAAAUGGUCAAUUGCAGAUCUUACAAAGUGCAAACAGAAUGCGGCGCAGAGUACAUCAGGAAUCGACGACAUCUUCGAUUAAGCGCUGAGUCAUUCACUCUCAUCGAUCAUACAUUUUCACGCAAAUUUAAACUUCGCAAACAAACACAGAGCGAAACCCCACCCCAGAAAGAUAUGCCCCACGUUAAAUGUACGACGAAGCCAAAAGAGACUCAAAACAACAGUGCAUUAACUAGACGCAGUACCAGAGUUAAGAGAAAACCUGGUUACCUUAAGGACUAUGUUUAA